AUAAUUGUAUGAUUGGAGAAGAAGAAUGGCGCUACCGACGAAUAUUUUGUGAUGUUACAACAUCGGAUAGCUCUCAUCAUAAUUUCAACACAGUUGAAACUUCAAGAUUUUUUUUUUUAUUGAUCAUGAAGCUCAACAAUUAUGGCCAUUAGCUGUUUGUUGUUGUUUGUAGGGGAGGAAUUGUAGCUAAAUCGAAUUAGUACUCAACGAGAAAUAAGGAAAUUGAACGUAUUGUGAUCAAAUCAAUAAUUUUAUCAAUGGACUCUUUGUUGCGAGAAGAACUGCCAACAAUUGUGAGCAAUGGCGCGUUCGGACAAAAUCUAAAAUAUUUGUCAUUUGAUUUGGACAAGGAUCACGUCGGACAGGAUCAGUACAUGUCAACAGUAUUAUUUGGUACAUUCACCACAUCUGAUGAAUCACAACAUCGUGUUGUGAUAAAGUUAAAACUUCGAGAUGAAAAGAAGAGAAUUCAAUUUAAAAUCGACUUUCAAUUCCACAACGAAAUUACUAUGUAUGAAAGAAUUAUACCAUUUUUAUUUGAAUGUCAUCGCUCUAUGGCAGGUGUCAGAAACUGGCCAACAUUUGCUCGAUUUUUUUACGGCCGUAAUAAAUGCGGUGAGUUUUUUGAAAGAGAUUUAAUUGUAUUGGAGAACGUGAAUCCUUUGGGAUUCCGAUUGAGCGAAGACCGUCCGUUCCUUGACUAUGAUCACGUUUUAAUUGCAUUUCGAGCUUUAGCAAAGUUUCAUGGGUUCUCAUACACAGCAAAACACAAAGACCCCGAUCGAUUUCAAGAAAUCAUUAUGGAUAUCCGCGAUACACAAUUUGAUGCAGAUGGACAGUGGUUAUUUAAGAACAACGCAUUAAGUAGAUUCGGUAAGCGAGGAGUCGAUCAACUGCUUAAACGUAGCGGUGACCUUUAUCGGGAAAACAAGCACAUGCGUCGAUUUAACGAAAUCAUCGGUGACGGAAACAACUCACUGAGACGUGUGCUUGUUCCCCAAGAACCGUUUUCCGUCGUGUGCCACGGGGAUUUCAACCGAAAUAAUGUGCUGUUCCGGUACGACGAGGUGGGACUUCCAGUUGACGUUUUGCUAUUUGAUUUUGGGACGCCUCGUUACGGGUCUCCAGUAUUAGAUCUGUCGUUUUUCUUGUACAUGAACACAACGCAAAACUUGCGUGAAAGUCGAUUGGACGAUUUAUUGAACGCGUACUGCUUGACGUUAGCUGAAUCCGUACCGUCUGGCGUCCGCGUGCCAAACAGAGCCGAACUGGACUCCGAAAUGUCCAAAUGUGCAUUAUUGGGAUUAGCGCAUGCGUUGUUUUUCUUACCCCAUCAGUUAGAAUCUGAUACUCAUCAUGAGGGAAUGGACGAAGAGGAAAUUAUAGAGUGGAUAUUACAGCUGGGUGGUGAUACUGCAACGAAUCGAGUGGCUGACUUAGUCCAACACAUCGUCGAUAUGGAAUACACGAAUGUGUUGAGUAGUUAACGGUUUUGUCAGUUGUUUGGUAUUAAUCACCAUAAUAUCAUUUUAUGUUGCUUUGGUUUUCAUUUAAAUAUUUAAAGAUAUGUAUGUACUACAUAUGUACCUAUUA